CGGGUCCCUACAGUCGAAAAUCAGAAAGCGUCGAGAAUACACCUCUCCAGCUAUACAUCUAACGCGUAAACACAACGCAACUUUUCACACCAAGUGAAUAUUAAGCGUGAAUAAAGUGAUUAAUUGAAAAGUGAAUAGUGAAAAAAAAUGUCACUUCUACCAAUGUUGUUUUCAAACUGGUGGGAAAACCUGGAUCAUCCUCAUCACCUGCGCAACCAGCAUUUUGGUCGAGUAUUGAACGCCAAUGAAUUCCUGCACGAUUCAAUCUCACCUCUGGACUCUAGUCUCAUGGUUCUUCGUGCACCACGGACACGUUUCCAUCAUUUCCAUCCCUACGAGAAGGCAAUUGCACGGAAAUCAGAAGGAUUGUCAGUUGUCCACGCUGACAAGGACAAGUUUCAGGUGAAUCUUGACGUGCAGCAAUUCACUCCAGAGGAGAUCAACGUUAAGGUCGUCGGACGCAACGUCGUCAUCGAUGGUAAACAUGAGGAGAAGCAGGAUGAGCAUGGCUUCGUCUCUCGACAGUUCACUCGCAAGUAUCUGGUGCCAGAGCAGUGCGAGAUCGAUGAACUUAAAUCGCAUCUUUCGUCCGAUGGUGUCCUGACCAUCACAGCACCCAGGAAGAAGGCCCUCGAGAACGCAAACGAGAGGGCCAUCCCCAUCAUCCACACUGGACAGCCAGCCCUCAAGGAUGCUGAAGCUUCAUCAUCGCAGACCAAGGAUUCCAAUACACCCAAGACACCGGUCACCAGGAGCCAGGAGAAGUCAUCCAAGACUGUUAAAGCUGCCUAAAUUCUCUUGACUAUUUCCAGUCAUCAUUCUGUACUUUUAUUUUGUUCAUAUAUUGCUCACUUUUCACUCAUGUUUGUUCAAAUAUUUUUUUAAUUUUUGUCAUUAAUCUUUGAAAGGUUGUAACAUUCGACUUAUCAUAUAUCAUAUCUCGAGUUAUCGAGUAUAUCAUAAGUUCCAGGGGCAAAGAACGAACCAGUUGUCGUACUUCAGUAAGAAAUGAGAUUCUGUAAUAAAUUCAUGUGUUUUACUGGAUUUUUAUUUUAAUCGAUGACGAAAUGUAAAGUCAAAACUUUUGUACAAGCUCAAGCGCUUUCGUAAUAAAAUUCAAUGCUAUAAAA